AUGGCAACUCGAACAUCGACUCGCCAGGCCGCCCAGAAGGCAAAGGAAGCCAUUGCGGCAGCUCCUGAUGUGAAAAGUCGAGGCACUGCUGGCGCAAAGCGUAAGGGCAGUGCUGACAAGGGAGUGGAGUCUAAGCGUAGCAAAAAAGAGGCCGACAAAGAGCUGGACGAAGCCCAGCAGCCCGCGACCGGAAUUGAUGCGCAACCACCUAAAGGUAGAGCCAGCAAGCCCGAAGCGAAGCCUGAAGAGCUUAAGGAUAAGCCUGCGGCUAAGCAAGAGGGAGAGCCACCGGAGAAACCUGGUGAGAACCCGGAGGACAAGUCAGAGGACAAGUCAGAGGACAAGCCAGAGGACAAGUCAGAGGACAAGCCAGAGGACAAGCCAGAGGACAAGCCAGAGGACAAGCCAGAGGACAAGUCAGAGGACAAGCCAGGGGGAAAGCCAGAAACCGAAUCAGACACAAAGACAGAAGAAAAAGCAGAAGAACAGCCAGACAAAGUGAAAGAAGACAAGGUUGACGAUAAGCCCGAAGACAAAAUGGAGCUGGAUGAUGAGGAGAAAACCGACGACAUUCAGAUAGAAAGCAAGGAAACCAAGACGGCUCCCGCCAAGGGCAACGAAGCUGGCGUCGAAACCUCACAAGAAAGAGAGGAAAAGGUCCCGUCAAACAUCCUUGAAAAGGGUAUCAUUUACUUCUUCUACCGGUCCCGAGUCAAUGUGGCUGACCCUCAGGGUGUCGAUGACGUUGCGCGCACUUUUGUGGUGCUACGACCAACUCCCUUGGGAGCUACUUUGGACGCAAAGCAGGGCCCCGUUGACACUGGUGCUAAAUGUCGCUUGAUGGCUCUUCCAAAGAAAAGAUUCCCGACCUCUGGUCGUGAUCGAGUUAUGGGAUUCGUCGAGAAGGCUGGGCAAUCCAUGAAAGCACUGCAGGAAAGCUUCAUUGCUGGACAGCAGUAUGACACAGCCACUCAAGGCGAGCGUACCGUUCCUGAAGCCCGGCCGUAUGCAGAAGGCGUCUACGCAAUCACAUCUACCAAACGAACCUCUCACCUGGCUUACGUUCUCACAAUUCCUGAUCAGAUUGGAUCACUUCAGGAAGACUUUGGCCUUCGGGCACGGGGAAGCUGGGUUGUGCAGUCGAAGAAUCCAAAACACCCUGGGCCAUCGUACGCUCAACUUCCUAAAACCCCCGAAUAUCCCGACAGUGUGCUUGCUAAAUUCGGCGACUACCGCUGGAGGCCGCUGGAGCCCGAAUUCAUCGAUUAUCCCAACGCGCAGUUCCUUGUGGUUGGGGAGGCUGUGGAUGAGCUUGGAAAGGCUGCAACUGCAGAGGAAGAUGGCAAGAAAGCCGACGAGGUGCAGCCUGGAGAAGAGCUCGAGCACCUAGAGCAGGAAAACCAAGAGCGGGUGGAAUCUCUGCGGGGAGAUGACACAAUCUAUGAGGAUCUUGGCCUCGAUGCGAAGAAUUAUCCUGCCGUUCCGACGACUUGGGGAUACAAUGACGUUGUGAACCGGACCAGCUGCGGCAGUCAUACCUACACCUACUCCGGCCUGGCUGGAUAUGGCUUCGUUCCUUCCAACGCCACAGACAAGUAUGGCGACACUUUAGGGGGCUUCGGCAGCUCGGCCGCCUUUGAUUUAAACUCCUGGCGGCGCAUUGGGCCUGAGACUUAUACCGGACUGCUUUACUGCAUCCCCGAUCGUGGCUGGAAUACGAACGGCACUCUCAACUACCAAGCCCGCGUCCAUACACUCAACGUCACCCUACAACUGACCAGCAACAACAACUCCGCCAAUCGUCCAUCCCCACCCAACCUGCAGCUGACCUACCUCGACUCGCUACUGCUAACAGAUCCCACCGGCAAACCACUAACCGGCCUCGACGCCUCUGCUGACUUCAACGACACCCUCCACUAUCGGGGAUUCCCACCCCUUCCUGCAGCGAUCUACACCGGCAAUGGAUUCGACGACGACCCCAACAGCGGCCACGGCGGCCACCGCGUCUCCCUGGACGCCGAAGGCCUCGCGCUGACCCAGGACAGCUUCUGGAUCUCCGACGAAUACGGGCCCUACGUCUACCGUUUCGACCGCCGCACCGGCCGGAUGGUCACAGCCAUCGAGCCCCCACCCGCCUACAUCCCGCACCGCAACCAGACCAUCAGCUUCAGCGCCGACAGUCCCCCCAUCUACGACCCGAACGACGCCCCCAUCCCCGAAGACCCCGUGACUGGGCGCGCGAACAACCAAGGCUUCGAGGCCUUGACCAUCUCCCCGGACGGGAAGACCCUCUACACGAUGAUCCAGUCCGCUUUAGACCAGGAAGGCGGCACCAGUAAGAAGUACCGUCGUCCCGCCCGUCUGCUGCAGUACGACAUCUCCUCGGGAACUCCGGUAACCGAGCACGAGUAUGUGGUCAUGUUACCCACGUACUAUGAUCCCACCAAGGGCCACGACGUGGUGGCCGCGCAGUCGGAGAUACACUUGCUGCCGACCGCCGCCGGGGAUCUCGACAAGGCAUUCUUGGUCCUGGCGCGCGACUCCGGGUUUGGUCACGGCCAGGACGAGUCGUUGUCGGUGUACCGGCAUGCGGAUGUCGUGCGCAUCACGAGCAACACCACCGAUCUGAAACAGUGGCGGGGAGUUGACGGGGUUAAUGGGUCCAUCGCCUCGGCCAAGGGGGUCUUGGACGCCGGGAUUACCCCGGCUGAGUAUUGUUCCUUCUUGGAUUAUAAUGUCGAGAGCCAGCUGGCCAAGUUUGGGUUGCAUAACGGCGGCCCGCAGGAUAGGUUUUUGUUGAAUGAGAAGUGGGAGAGCCUGGCGCUGGUGCCCGUGGAGCCGGGGCUGAAGGCGUCCGUCCGGGAGAGGGAGUACUUUCUGUUUAGUUUGAGUGACAAUGACUUUAUUACACAGAAUGGCCGCAUGAACUUCGGUCGGUUCAAGUAUGCUGAUGAGUCCGGAUAUAACCUUGACAAUCAGGCACUGGUAUUCCGGGUGAAGAUCUCAUCAUAGGGCAUUUACCUGACCGAGAUAGUAAAUCACGCACUCUUCUUUUCUUGCAAAUUGGUGGUUUUCUAUGUCUGACAUCAUCCAGUGAGCUUCUUUUUAAGCAUGAUGCUUGUGAUCCUCAAGGCGGAGUCAUUGUAUCUAGAUGGUCAGAUUUCAAGAAAAGAUCACGGC